AUGUCAGAACCAGAGAGGGACCCCACAGUUGCCACAAAUGAGAUGGACAACCUUGAUGAGUCAGACAAUGUUGCCCCUGCUGAAGGGGGGGUUGAAGAGGUUGCAGAGCAGACAGAUCCCAUAGUGGCAGAUGCAACUCAAGUUGUGGCAGAAGAUGAAACAUCACUGACAGAACAAGAGGAGGAUGCAGCAUUGCAGCAGGGAGAUGAGGAACAAGGAACCACAGUGGCAGAACAAGAAGAUGAGGAACAAGAAGCAACUGUGGUAGAGCAAGAGGAUGAAUCAAUACACAAGGCAGAGGAGGACGAACAAGUGGUGCCUGUUGUGGACAAGAGGAGGAGGCAGAAACUCCUGUGA